GGAGGGAUUGGGCGUUGGGGAGCCACUGCCCCGAGUUUCCACCCAUUUCCCGGAGUUAGUCAGGUCUCACCUUGGGGAAGAUGGAGAUUCCUGGGGGUGCCGGAGUUUCGGAACUCGGCGAGAUCCGGACUCUAAAGCCGUGUGUGCUGCUCCGCAACCGCAGCCGCGACCAGCACGGCGUGGCGGCCUCCUGCCUCGAGGAGCUGAGGAGCAAGGCCUGUGACAUUCUGGCCAUCGAUAAGUCCCUGACCCCAGUCACCCUGGUACUGGCAGAGGAUGGCACCAUAGUGGAUGAUGAUGAUUACUUCCUGUGUCUACCUUCCAAUACUAAGUUUGUGGCAUUGGCCAAUAAUGAGAAGUGGGCAUAUAACAAUACAGAUGGAGGUACAGCUUGGGUUUCCCAAGAGUCCUUUGAUGUAGAUGAAACAGACACCGGGGCAGGGUUGAAGUGGAAGAAUGUGGCCAGGCAGCUGAAAGAAGAUCUGUCCAACAUCAUCCUCCUGUCAGAGGAGGACCUGCAAAUGCUCAUCGAGGUUCCAUGUUCAGACCUGGCUCAGGAACUAUGCCAAAGUUGUGCCACAGUCCAAGGGCUCCAGAACACCCUCCAGCAAGUGCUUGACCAGAGAGAGGAAGCCCGGCAGUCCAAGCAACUCCUGGAGCUUUAUCUCCAGGCUUUGGAGAAGGAGGGCAACAUCUUGUCAAAGCAGGAAGAGUCCAAAGCUGUCGUCGGUGAAGAGGUAGAUGCAGUUGACAGGGGUGUCAGCGGAGAGAUCUCCAAAAUUGCACUUACGAGCCAGAUCCUGACUGCACUGAGGGAGAAGCCUGCUCCAGAGCUGCAUUUAUCUAGUCAGGAUUUGGAGUUGGUUACCAAGGAAGACCCCAAAACAUUGGCUGUUGCUUUGAACUGGGAUGUAAAGAAGACAGAAACCGUUCAACAGGCCUGUGAUCAGGAGCUUACCCUGCGCCUGCAGCAGAUGCAGAGCUUGCAUUCUCUCAGGAAUAUUUCAGCAAGGAAGAAUCUGCUGCCUGGAGAACUGCAGAAUCCUAAACGAGCCAAGCAGGACCCCACAUAGCCACAGCCGGAACUGUGCCAAGGAACACCCUGUGGCCUUGUUCUUUAUCAGUAAAUACCUUCCACCUGAUUAUUUUACCACCUAUAUACUCCUCUACCCACUGCCUUAGAGCAUGUUUGAGAACAGGCUGGAAGACUGGUUUUCUGCCUCUCCGGAAAAGCUAUUCCAGGUCUCCACAUCUGCCCUGCCACCUGUUUUGAAUGACAUCACUGCACUAGCAGUGUCCUGUCUCCUCUAACUGCAUGUUCUUGUUUCUCUGUUUAAAAGUAAUUGUCAGGGCCGGCCCGUGGCUCACUCGGGAGAGUGCGGUGCUGAUAACACCAAGGCCCCGGGUUCGGAUCCCAUAUAGGGAUGGCCGGUUAGCUCACUGGCUGAGCGUGGUGCUGACAACACCAAGCCAAGGGUGAAGAUCCCCUUACCGGUCAUCUUUUAAAAAAUAAAAAAAUAAAAAAAUAAAAGUAAUUGUCAUAUUUCAGACUCAUUAAUCUUGUUCUAAAGAUAGAACUGCAGAAUUUUAAACAAAUAAUGGUAGAGAAGGUGACAUAAUAGAAUGUUGAUUAUGACCACAAAUUUGUUUCUCAAGUUAAUGAGUUUUUUGGUUUAAAGGCACAUAUUAAGUUUGCAGACCAUAGGGACAUACGAAGAAUCUAAUUCACCAUUUCUAAUAUCCAGUUCAGUAUUGUGAAAUUAUAUCUGUUAUCACUGUGAAACUUCUCAGUUUUCUAAUAUGUUUUAUCAGCAGGGGGUAUAAAAGGUCAU